GAAGAUUGUCAUGGCAUCUUCAGAAUAAAUGUCAGUGUUUCCAAAAAUCUCAAUUUAAAGCUAAGACCCGGAGAGAAGAAGCCUGGAUUUUGGGUGCCACGAGUCUGGGCAAAUCCUCGGAAUUUUAAUUUUGACAAUGUGGGGAAUGCAAUGCUGGCACUAUUUGAAGUCCUUUCAUUAAAAGGCUGGGUGGAAGUCAGAGAUGUUAUUAUUCAUCGCGUUGGGCCGAUCCAUGGAAUCUACAUUCAUGUUUUUGUAUUCCUGGGCUGCAUGAUUGGACUGACCCUUUUCGUUGGAGUUGUCAUUGCUAAUUUCAAUGAAAACAAGGGGACAGCUCUGCUGACUGUAGAUCAGAGACGAUGGGAAGAUCUGAAAAGCAGACUGAAGAUAGCUCAACCUCUUCAUCUCCCACCUCGUCCGGAUAAUGAUGGCUUUAGAGCUAAGAUGUAUGAUAUAACUCAGCAUCCAUUUUUUAAGAGAACUAUUGCUGUACUUGUCCUGGCCCAAUCUGUGUUGUUAUCAGUUAAGUGGGAUGCUGCAGAUCCGGUGACUGUGCCUUUAGCAACAAUGUCUGUUGUUUUCACCUUCAUUUUUGUCCUUGAGGUCACAAUGAAGAUUAUUGCCAUGUCACCUUCUGGCUUCUGGCAAAGCAGAAGAAAUCGGUACGAUCUCUUGGUGACAUCUCUUGGAGUUAUCUGGGUGAUACUUCAUUUCGCCUUACUGAAUGCAUAUACAUAUAUGAUGGGGGCAUGUGUAAUUGUCUUCAGGUUUUUCUCAAUUUGUGGGAAGCACGUGACACUAAAAAUGCUACUCCUGACUGUGGUUGUCAGCAUGUACAAGAGUUUCUUCAUCAUAGUGGGAAUGUUCUUACUGCUUCUUUGUUAUGCUUUUGCUGGAGUGGUUUUAUUUGGUACAGUGAAAUAUGGAGAGAACAUUAACAGACAUGCAAACUUUUCAUCAGCUGGCAAGGCUAUUACUGUACUCUUCAGAAUAGUUACUGGAGAAGACUGGAACAAAAUUAUGCAUGACUGCAUGGUUCAACCUCCAUUUUGUACACCAGAUAACAGCACCUACUGGAAAACAGACUGUGGAAAUUAUGCUGGCGCUCUUAUGUAUUUCUGUUCAUUUUAUGUCAUCAUUGCAUACAUCAUGCUAAAUUUGCUUGUUGCUAUCAUUGUGGAAAAUUUCUCAUUGUUUUACUCAACUGAAGAAGACCAACUUUUAAGUUAUAAUGAUCUUAGGCAUUUUCAAAUUAUAUGGAACAUGGUUGAUGACAAAAGAGAGGGAGUGAUCCCUACCUUCCGAGUGAAAUUUCUGCUGAGGCUUCUGCGGGGCAGGCUGGAGGUGGAUCUCGACAAAGACAAGCUACUGUUCAAGCACAUGUGCUAUGAAAUGGAACGGCUCCAUAAUGGUGGUGAUGUCACUUUCCAUGACGUGCUCAGCAUGCUUUCAUAUAGGUCUGUUGAUAUCAGAAAAAGUCUUCAACUGGAAGAGCUGCUUGCUAGGGAACAACUGGAAUAUACCAUAGAAGAGGAGGUGGCCAAACAGACCAUACGCAUGUGGCUGAAGAAGUGCUUAAAGCGAAUCAGAGCAAAACAACAACAGUCGUGCAGCAUUAUCCAUAGUCUACGAGAGAGUCAACAGCAGGAGCUGAGCCGAUUUCUGAAUCCUCCCAGCAUUGAGACAACACAGCCAAGUGAAGAUAUGAAUGCUAUUAAUCAGGAUAACAGUGCACAGCCAGAGACAAGUAGCCAGCAGCAGCUCCUUAGCCCAACACUUUCAGACAGAGGUGGCUAUCGGCAAGACUCUACAGAUGCUGGGAAACCUCAGCGGAAAUUUGGACAAUGGCGUUUGCCAUCAGCCCCCAAACCAAUAAGCCAUUCAGUAUCUUCAGUAAACCUCCGCUUUGGUGGACGUUCAACUAUGAAAUCUGUUGUAUGCAAAAUGAAUCCCAUGUCCGAUGCUGCUUCUUGUGGAUCAGAAGUCAAGAAAUGGUGGACAAGACAAUUAACUGUGGAAAGUGAUGAGAGUGGAGAGGACCUUCUUGAUAUCUGA